GAGACAAAACAUUUUAUUUUUACAGCUACCCGGUUAACCCCCCCCAAGCAUAAUCAUGGGGCAUCAUGCCGCCGGUCUCUGUCUGGCCAGAGGGCCUCAUCAACAUCACAAGCGAUGUCCUCCUGGUCCAAACAGCGCUGGAAGUACCGCCUCGAGUGCCUCAUGAAGCCCUGACAGGCCUCAAAGGCCACAUCUCUACAAGCCUCCUCCAUAGCUUGAAGCAGUGGGACCUGGCUCUGUGGAUUCCUUUCGUACACCUUCCACCUCCAGGCUGAGAAAAACUCCUCAGUGGGAUUGAGAAAGGGGGAAUAAGGUGGAAGGUAUAAAAUGGAAAACCGUGGGUGGUCCUGAAACCACUCAUACACCUGGGCAGCCUUGUGGAAACUUACUUUUAUGCUGCAGUCCCUGAUUCCAAAUUGCCCGCCAUACCCGAAAGUUUAGAGAUUUGAAUAUUUGCGUGUUGUUGAUUGAAGCUUUGAGAAUUUAUGUGAGAAGUGUGUGUAAACCUGAAAAUUGUGUGUUGUGUUUUGACAGCAAGGUAAUGUGAAAUUGACAUCAGAGUGUAAAGGAGGAAAAUCAGAGUUUUAAUAUGAUAAGGAAAUCUUAAGUAGUGAUAAAAUGAGUCAAGCGAUAGGGAACAGAAGUAGAGGUUGUGAAAAUUGUGCCUCAUUUUUGCUUUUUGAGUUUUAGCAAUCGAAAAAAACUAAUAAAAUCGAGGGCAGUUACAGUACAAGGAAUCCAUCUGAAGUGUUCUCAUUCUGGUUUUAAAUGUACUCAAGGAGAUGAGAUCUGGCCCUGCAACCUGUCCAUGGUGUGCCCCACCUGUUUUUCCCAUAAGCAGCUGGAGAUGGGCACCAGCCCUCCUGUGACCCUACAAGGACAAGUGGGUUCAGAUAAUGGAUGGGUGGAGAUAAGGUCAGUUCAUUUGCUGUUUUCCUGCAGCCUCUUCCAUGUUCCAGUUUGGUGCACAAAUGCACCACAAAGUAACAGCUGAUCAUUUGCUCACAGAAUGUGAGAAGUUACACUUCUUCGUGAGAAUACAUUACAGAUGUAGUUGGAAAGUAAUCCAAGUGUGGCCUUAUAAAUGAAAGUGUACCAAUGUCCCAACCUCCUGGUGGACAAGGAAUGCCACCCUACAGGUGAAUACAAUUCACAUAGAUGGGUCAGAGGUCUACAGUUAGGAAUAAACCCCAAAGAGGCAAGAUAAACCACAUCAACCUUACCAAGACACUGUGCUGAGGCAUUCAUAUAUAUAUGUGGCAAUACACGAGUGGUCCUUUAACCUACUAAUGCCAAAUAUGGCAAUUGUAUCUCCUCAAGUACAAUUAUUACAGACAACGCCACCAUGGGAAUUUCACCCAAAGAAAUAGUUAAAUGGUAAGGCACUUAGAUCCAUUUCCACUUAAGUGAGACCGCAGACGUGGUUUCAGAAAUCACAUUCCUUUUAUUAAACAGUAAAAAUGUCAGUUAAUAAAAUCACUCUUUUGUUAGUGAAACAAGCAGUAAAAUGUCAGUUAAAUUGAUAUCCCCGUAAUUAAAUAAGUAGCCUAUAUGUAUGAAACAACAAGAUUUACGCUGUUAUAAUAAUUUCAGUGUUUCUGCAUAGCAUGCCAGAAGUCAUUGGCUAGUUGUUUUACCUGCAUGUACAACCGAUCUUUACAAGGUGUUGCAGCCCUUGCUUUGCAGUUAACCUGUAGUAUAGCAUGGCUUUAUUACUUUUUUCAAUUUGCCAUAUUAUUGAACAACCGUCUCUGCUGUACACUGGGCCACCCUUGGGCCUACAGGAUAAAUUAUUUAAUGGAAAUGAAUGUCAGAUCUUUAACGGUGCAUAAUACACAUGUAAUAAGGUUUUUGAUAUUCCAAAAUGGGAUAUUUUACCAAACUUUUCUGAAUUUUUUGGUUUUCUUAUCAUAUUACAGAUUCACGUUUUGUCUUUUCUGACGUUGCUUCAUUGUUGGCAUGCGCUGCCUCACAGUGUAUCUUCUGUGAAAAGAAGGAACUUGGAAACACUUCAUCUCCAAAGAAAACACCUAAAAGAAGCUAUUUACUUUGUAUGCGAUAAACAAGAGAAAUUUGUGGUAUCCUGUUACUGUAAGGAACGCACACAAACAUUAAGGAUUCACUAUCAUUGUCCUUUCUGCAAAUCGGUGUACACACGAUCAACAUUUCUCAUGAAGCACUUACAAGACAAACAUGAUACAUCAUCACAUAAAAGUCAUGCCAAGGUGAACACCUUAAAAAGAAAACUAAAAGACAUCACAGGCGAGGAAAAAGACAGUUCGGAUUCAAAACCAGAGAAUUUCUGUUGUCCACAUUGCACAGCUUUCCGUAGUUCCCACAAAAACCUGCAACGGCAUAUUAGGGAUGUUCAUUCAUCCCUAAUAUGGAUAUUCAUUCUGUGGCAAGGUGGAUAAACGAGGGCCCGGGCGGGAUUCGAUCCCCAGACUCCCGGGUGAGAGUCAUACGCUCUAACCAGUUAGCCAAAGGGACAUCCCCUUGGCCAAGUAGCCAGGGCGCAUGAUCAAUCGGGACACUGUGACAGAAUGCUCACACUGUCACAAUUCAUUCCUCCAUCCACCUCUCAGUCCCACCUUUCCGUCUGGUCACUAUGGGGAGCAGGGCCUUCAGCCGCUCUGCUCCCCAGCUCUGGAACUCACUUCCUCCUGACCUCCGUAACAUUGAUUCCCUCACUCUCUUUAAAACCAGACUCAAAACCCACCUGUUCCGUCUAGCAUUCCAAUAAUUACUCUCGUUGCUCCAAUCUGUCUGUUUGUUUUAUGCUGUUUUAUCUUUUAUAGUUGUGUAUUUUAUCUCUGUAAAGUGUCCUUUAGUGUUCAGAAAGGCGCUGUUGAAAUAAAAUGUAUUAUUCAAUAGAAACAAUGCCUAUGAUAUGUGUGGACAUAAGAAACGGAUUGUAUGUCACCCCAAAGCAUGAGCACAGUCCACAUUUCCCUGUACAUGUUGCGAAGUCAACCAACCCACAAAAAAUAAACUGCGAAGUUGAAAAGUGUUGCAAAUGUAUGCAAAUAGCAUGGUCUUCAGGAAAUCCUGGAAAAGUGCGUUCAUCUUGAACGAACUAAGCAUGCUAAGAAAUAUGUUAAACCAGCAGAACUCACACCUGCUUCACUCAAAGUCAUGCUUGAAAAAGGCUUGAUGUCCACUGAGCGGGGUGAUAGGUGUGAAAAACUGGAUACAGCUGCAAAAACUGCAAAGUGGACAGUGUUUUCCCCGUGAAUUUUGGAGGGAAAGGACAUUCACAACGAUGUUUUUUUCUUCACUUUUCACAUAUGAAACAGACAACUGGUGUCAGUUUAGACGGACAAGGGCCACCUUUGAUGCUGUUGUAGGAAAGUGGAAUUGUCAGUGUAAGGGAAGCAAAAAAUCACAUCGAUGUAUUCAUCGAAUGAUGGCAAUGUGGUGGAUUUUCCAAGAGUCACCAGGCACUUUAAUGCCCACCUCCGAUGUGCAGGCAGAGGACGCUGAGGAUUUGGAAAGUCACGUGAUGGAUGAUGACAUAUGAUGUACACCACGCAGUGUCACCACCCAAAAAAUAUGUGCCAUGACGGACUAUAUUCAUACCCAGAAGCGCAUCCCACCCCUAAAAGAAUUGUCAUUAAACCUUCGAAUUCAGGAAGAGACUCCAUCCACAACCCUUGUUCCUUUGGAAACAAACCAUCCCUACUGUCCAGGGCCGACUCCUCCAGAACUGGGGCUUCCAAAAGUGGUGACAACACAAGCCACUGUGUAUGGCAUUGACUACGUAAAAAAAGGCGUCUCAGUUGCUGUAAAAGAAUGCCCAGGAUGCAGUAACAUUGUGCGAUUCCACGAGUAUUCUUCUAGAUUCCACAACUGCAACAACUCUGUGCUCCUCACUCUGCCGUCGUGUGAGCUUCUACUGUCAGGAUUAGCGAACAAGACAACAAGUGGACGCAUGCUGGACACCUUGAACUUUUUCAGCGACAAUCGCUACCACCAUCAAACUAUAAGAAGAGCUUUUCAUCACUUCCUGUCACUUACAGACUUUGGCUUUCAGUUUUCAUGCUACCAGUAUGGUUACCACCCACCUGUGUUAAUAGCGGAUGCCAACUGGAAAUUGGCAUUUGAUAUCCCAUGUAAUACAUACAUUUUUUAAGUUCUUCCUUUUUUUUUGUUCUUUUUAUAAUAGCAAUUUGCAUAAACUCCAGAAUGUUGUAUUUCUGUACAUCACAGAAACAAAGAUGUAAAAGCUGUUUGGCAGCAAACUGUGCAAAAACCAGGAUUUGUGUCAUAAAAACUUUUGGCCACGACUGUUCAACCUAAACAACACGUGCCAUUAAGUAGCUCCACGUUUGUGGGCAUUCUCUGUUAUUCUUAAAGAAGGUGUCGGAGACGGGCAACUCAGUCAGACAGCGCGGGUCUCUUUAUUCAUUCAUCUCACAGCUUAGGACAGCCAACUACAAAAGACCUCGACCAAAUGUGGAGUCCUAAAUUUAUACUUUUUGUCCCUGGGCUACUCCCACAGUCCUUUGAUAAAAGUGGAGAGAGGAUGGGGUGAUGUUUACACUUCUCAAUAUGGUCAACGCACCCUCCAGCCCAGAGGUCGACGAGCCCUGUUAUCCCUAUAGAGCUCCGGACCCCACGUGACUCUCAGUUAGUGGACGCCAUUUUGGCAUGCAAAAAAGGUAAACAAACACGGAUGUAACCAUGAACAUGAACGGGAUCCGCUUGGAUUUUACUUCGUCGGAGUUUACUUCACAC